GUUCCUCUCUCCGAGACCAUCGCUUCCUCCAGGACGCUGCUUUUGCGCGUGUUUCUGCAGGCCGCAAGGAGAGGCUUCGAUGCGCUCUUCUGCUCGUGAUUUAGUUUGCGCCGUGCUUUGGGAAGGCCGGGAACGUCUUAAGACUUAUUGCAGCCUCCGACCAUAAAACCCGCUUUGUCGGGGGGAGGUUGACUUGACUGAGCCGCAUGAUCCGAGUCAGGUGACAACAUCAGGCACACAACCGGAGGAGGAUAAACAGUCGGGUGUAGGAGACUAGCUGCUGAAUCCUGCCUUUUGACACGCUGUGUUACGACUCCUCAGGGAAAAAUGAGCGCCUGGCCCUCUCCUCUGCUUUGGAGCUUAACCACGGCGUGCUUAACAGGUAUUGCUUUAGGCCAGACAACCACCACCCAGGUCCCCAUUGCAUCAACCCAGGUGCCUCCCAAUGCAACCAGUACCGCGGCCUCUGCACGCCCAACUGCCUCUGCAACGCUCUCGGCUGAAGUGGUAUCAACCACUGCAAACCUUGUCACGUCCACGGCAGCGCCUUCUGCUGAUCCAAGCACAAAAGAGCCAGGUCAGACUCUGCCCACCACCACGGAUGUGACUGUUCUCACCUCUGGCAGCACAGCCACCUCUCAAGUGUCUACAGAACUGAUGGCUGUGUCCACCAGCACCCCAGCAUCCCCUCCAGGUGUGACCACGUCUCCUGGGGUCCCAUCAGCAGCUCCAUUCCUCACCACCGCCAAGCCCUCAAACUGCAGCAGAGUGAAUGUGACGUCCUGUGCCCCAUGCUCCCCGGGGACGUUUCCUAACGAAGACACCUUGAGCUGCUCGUGCUGUGCGGGGGGCUCGUGUGCGGACCCCGGUGCCUGCGCCUCCUGCCCGCUGGGCCACUACCAGCCUGAAAGCGGGCAACCGUCGUGCCUGCCUUGUCCGCGGGGGCGUUACGCCACCUUCACAAGGAGCACCGCAUGCCUUCCCUGCCCACCCGGUAAUUACGCUAAUGAGUCUGGGGCCGCAGCCUGCAGAGCGUGUGAGAAAGGGUAUUUUAGCUCCAAGCAAAAUGCAGCUUUUUGUUUGCCUUGCCUGCCUGGAUCAUUUUGCAACACCACCAGCUGCACGGGGUGUCUGCCGUGCCCCGGUGGCCAAGAGGCUCUUCGGGAGGCGUCGGAGGAGUGCACACCUUGCCUGCCAGGUACCUUCUGCAGCGGAGGGUGGGGGGCUGCCACAGCCCGUACGUUCAAAGGUCCCAGCGACAGCAAAUGCAAGCUCUGCAGGACAGGAGAAUACCAAUUACAGCGGGGCAAGGAGAGCUGUGACCUGUGCCCCGAGAACCACUACUGCCCUAGCCCAGACGUGAACCCGGUCAAGUGUCCUCCCGAUGCCUUCUGCCCCGCGGGCAGCACUGAGCCAGCGUAUUGCAUGGAGGUCUUUCUUUACAAGGCUGGGGACUCCUGCCAGCUGACGCCCCUGAUGGUCGUUCUCCUGGCCAUCUUCUCGGCAGCCGCUUGUGCAGCGUUGGUUGUCCCGAUGCUGCGGUGCACCUCGUAA